AGCAGAGAGUAAGAGCUAAUCUUUACGGGGCCUUGCUGUAUUAUCUACAAAUCGCUCAGAAACCCAAGUCACUGACUUACAUUGAUACAUAGGCAGGAGGUGACGGGGUUGGGAAGAGGAUUUUGGCCGACGCCCACUCUGAGUAUGAACAGCUGAGUUGGGAAAUUGUGGCUACCAUUCUGUCGUAGGCAACAACUUUAUGGACAUGGUGUGUCACGAUGCAUGUGAUGAUCAGGAUGUAGGAAGGAUGCUGGCUCUAUCAGUACUGGACACCAUUCUGUCUAUGGACAAGUUCCAGCAAUGGAUGACCUUUCUGUCCUCUAAAGGUUACCUCCAACACCUGGUGGACAGCCUUCUCCAUGACGACCAGCCGCUACAGACCCUUGUGUCCCCCACCCCCCAACUCAGAGUGCUGUACAUCUAUCUGUCCAAACUUAGUUUGUUGACUCGGGUGGCAGAGUCAGUCGUGGGGGCCCACACCUUGUUACAGUGUGGAGUCAUGCAGAGACUGGCUGGAUGUGUCUUCUUUGACCUUCUACCUGACUUUGACAGAGAUAAAGCCGGUGUAGAUACAGAGGAGGAUUUCCUGCCCAGCCCCAUGGCCCGCUAUCGUCAACUUCUCUUUGCAGCCCUCAAAUUCUGUCUGCCCAUGCUAACUUCACUGGGCAUAGAAAACCAGAUCUGUGGCAAUCUGAAGUGA